AUACAGACUGCUUCUACAAACAUUUGUGAAAGACUGUGCAAUAAGUCCAUCCAUGAAAUUUCCUUGCUACUAAAUAUUCCACCCUCAACUGUUAGUGGUAUUAUAACAAAGAGGAAGCAACUGGGAAAAACAACAACUCAGCCACAAAGUGAUGGGCCAGGUAAAAUGACAGAGCGGAGACAACGCAUGCUGAAGCACACAGUGCGCAGAAGUCGCCAACUGUCUGCAGAGUCAAUAGCUAAAGACCUCCAAACUUCAAGUGGCUUCAGAUUAGCACAACAACAGUGUGUAGAGAGCUUCAUGGAAUGGGUUUCCAUGGCCGAGGAACUGCAUCCAAGCCUUACAUCACCAAGUGCAAUGCAAAGCGUUGGAUGCAGUGGUGUAAAGCACGCCACGACUGGACUCUAG